AUGCUUGGCAAGAACCCCAAGGAUGCGGUGAUCGUGCAUGUCGAUGGCAAGGGCUUGAAGUCUUUGUUUUCGCAUGGCAUCCGUCGUUUCAAGGACCGAUGUGAUACUAGUGAACCAUCUUUGCAGAAGUUCUAUGCUAUCUUGGAAGCCAAUUGGACUCUCGAUGCAGCUGCGGCAGCACAGCCUGCCGCAGCACCUGCCGCAGCACCUGCCGCAGCACCUGCCAUGGCAGCACCUGCCGCACCUGUACCAGAUCCUAGUCCUGCCCCGGUUCCAUCGGCCUUGCCUCCGAAUCCAGAUUCAGGAGCAGCUUCUUCUGCUCCAGCUGCUGCACCUGUGCCAGCGCCAGAGGCAGCAGUUGUGGAGGAUCCGAGAGAUGGUGGGGAAGAUGAUGCUAUCAUGGUAGACUCUGUGACCUCGGGUGAUUUGGUUGUAGCAGUUUCAACAGACACGUUGAUGGAUACACCAAGCCAUGAGGAAUUUCAAGACUCACAAACAGACCCUGGAUGUUACUUGAGCCCAGUGCAUGAACCGAUCGAAAACCCAAGUGAAGAGUCAGAACCAGUUUCCAUGAGUUCGGCUAUGCUGCCCCCAUCCAUGGUGCCAGAGAAGAAGAGGGUUGCCGCAGACUUGGGGGACAGCCUUGACCCUUAUGCCCCUGGUCUAUCCUAUGAUGAGACUGCGCGCAGGGUCCGCACGGAAGCUACUGAGACCCUGCCCAUGACUGAGACACAGGUCAUGGAAGUGUUUGAAGGCUUCUCGAAGCAAGAAUCCCCCCCUUGUUCCAGAUCCGCUACGGAGAAGGAUAUCAUGGUUUUUCAGAAGAAGCUUCAACGAUUGGAAAGCACCCUGAUUCUUGGCGAUUCUCCACAGCCUGAAGUGGUUCCUUCUCAUGAUGGUGGGGCAGCCUGUCCAGGCAGUCCCAUGCCUGUGUCACCUGCGGAUGAAAUCUCAUUGACCCAGCUGAAUCCUGCGGAGGUUAGCCCUGAUGGAUGUGACCUGGAGGUCAGCUCUGAUGAUUCCGAUGGACAAACAGUUCCCCCAGUCUUACGAGAAGCUCAAGAUGCUUGGAAAGGUGCUGCCAUGGCCAAAGCCCCAAAGGAGGAGAAGGAAGAAUCGCGUGGUCGUGGAAGAGGUCGCGGGAGAGGUCGCGGGAGAGGUCGUGGCGGCCGGGCUCCCAAGCAACCUGCGGCCACUGAUGAGGUUGAGGUUGUCGCUUGCCCUCGCCGUGACUUGGAGUCUGCUUUUGAUGCGGUGGAUGACACAGGUCCAAACGUGGAGGUGCCAGACUCUAAGGCAGCCAAAAAAGAAAAAAAGAAGAAAAAUGCGGAACCGACCAACAGUACCUCCAAGCGCAAGGAGAAGAAGGGUGUGGAGAAACCGAAAAAACAUCGUAAGAGCAUGGACAAGAAGGAUGGCAAGGACAAACCUGAUGAGCCAGAACAAGAUCCUGAGAUGAACAACCUCCUUGGUGGCAAUUCAACGUUUGCUGGAAGGUAUCCUCCUGACAGUGCUGAAGCCAGGAACCGCUUUGUGGCCAUGGUUUCCACCUACCUCUCGAAGGUGGCGCCGCACAUCGACAGCUCCAAUACUACUCAGGACUCAGGCGUGGGCAAAACUGGCUUGCUGGCCGGGGCUAUCUGUCAGACCAAGGCUUCGCGACCUUCUUCUGCUCAUCAACCUCAAGUUGCUGGGAAUGUGGGGGCUGGUGCCGAGGUGGGUGAGAGUCACCACUACCGUGAGUCCAUCUCCAAUGCCCCCUUGACCUGUGGUUAUGCUACCCCUGAUGAAAGUGAUUCUGAUGUUGACAUGGAAAAAUUGAAUUUCAAUGAGGAUGGGAUUGUGCAACCGCCGGAAGUGGAGGUCCCCAAGGCAGACUCCAACGUGGGCUUGUCGCCGCGUGAUCUGCCAAAGCCCCCUGUUGCUGUUGCGACUCCAGGCCCAGUUGCUCCAGGCCACAGAGCUAGUAAAAACCCUUUGGUGGCUGUCAAGAAGGAAGUUGAUCCAGUCCCCAGACCUAGUACAAAAAAGGUCGUGGCUGUUGCGACAGAAGUUGAACCGACCGCAUCCUAUGGUGGCCAUACCCCCUCAACACCAGAACCGUUUCUGGACCAGGAUGGCAUCCUUUUGAGUGGGGUUCCCUCGAUCGCGGAUCAGCAAGCUCCAAAGCCGCAGCUUCAAGUUCAUGAUAUUUCUCCAGCAGCAAUCCGCCAACGUGCCAACCGCAUAUUCACCCCCAGAGUGGAUGGUACAUUGAAGGAAACCUUCAUCUCUGAAGUGGAGAUCUUACGUGAAGAGAUGCGUGAAACCGAAGUGGUUGUGGAGGGCCAAUUUGCUUCGGAGGCUGAAAUGGUUGAAUGGGGCUUCAGUGAGCAGCGAAUCACCGCUGUGAAAGAGCACUGCAAGACCAAUCCUACUAAGCUUCUGAGGAGAAGAUCCCGCCUCACAAUGAGCAAGAGGGCACGCUUUGAAGAGUCCGGCAUCGAUGGCAUGGACAAUGGCUUUGAGAUGCCAGAUGCAUCUGCGGUUGAAGGCGACGAGACGCAGCAGCUCUUGGAUGAGUCCGAGAAGGUGGAUGCUGCUGCCAAGAAACGUAAGACCCUAGGGAUUCCAGAACUAGACCCGGAUGCGUUGCCCAGUGCCCAAGUCCAAAGCUACACGAUUUCUGGUGUGGUCGAACGUGCACCUGGUGAUACCAGCCAGAACUAUGCUGAAAUUUUGGCGGAUGGGGUCCCAGCAGCUGCUUUGCGCCACUACGGCGACCUUGCCAGGGCUGAGAUGGGUGAAUGUGGGAAGAACCUGGCGCCAACAAAUUCUGCCAGGGAUGCUCAUGCCUUUAUCAACCGGUGGGGUUUGAGUUGGAGGGUCCCAUACUCGCUCUUCAAGUACCAGGAAUCCGGACAAAGUUACGAGUUUUCAUACUUGAGCCCCAUAUCCUUCACAAAGUAUCUACUUGAGAAAGCCCCUCAGCUGGUCAUGGGUGGCAUUGAUGGAUGCCAAGGCCGGAAAAAUUUGGAAUCGUUCUGGGCUUCCUACAGGGCCAUCGAUCCUGAACAUAUUUUUUUCCAAGAAGAUUGCCCAGGGAGAACAUCGUCCAACACUUUGGCUUUUGCUGUUCAUGGAGAUGAGGGAAGGGGUGCUAAAAAAGGCAACACUUGCAUCAUCAGCAUGGAAACUGUUCUGGGUCUGCGACAUCCAUCAGCCCAGUGGGAUUCAACUACCUGUUCUGAAUGCGUAGUUUCCGCUAAAGGGGCAAAACGCUUUAAGCUAGGCCCUGAGACCACCCAGCAUCACAGUAUGGACGUGCCUCCAUGUGCGAAGCAAGUGACCAACCUCAAGGAGCACAGCUAUUUGACUAAGUUUGUGUUGGGGGUACUACCCAACAAGUAUUACAAAGGAACUGGUGUGUUGGAUGAAUUCCUCACUGUGCUAUGUGCAGCCUUUGAGGUGUUGUUCAAUGAUGGUGUGCUUAUUGGAUCUGACAGAUGGUAUCUUUGCGUGGUCGGCCUCAAGGGCGAUCUACGUUGGCACGAAAAGACUGCGCAUUUGGAGCGCUGCUUUAAUAAGCAUUGCGUCAUGCUGUUCCGAGCAUGGACAGAUGAGCAACGCUUAGUGGAACUACAACAUGAACAGAACGCUGGGAUUUUUGCAUGUGACAGCUAUGCGUUGUAUAGCAACCAACUGCUGGAAAUCCAGCCUGGGGUGGUGACGCGGCGAAUUCAUAGUCCCAUGAUGUGCGAGUUGGGUGGCCAGUUCAUCACCGCCUUGAACUUGGGCAUCUUCCUGGCCUUCUACAGGCAAGUGAUUUUAGAUCAGGAAUUUAUGAGCGCUGCAUGGGUCAUCAAGGUGGAUCCUGACACAGUUUGGAGCCCCUCGCGACUUCGACCGAUGCUCCAAGAUCUUGAAUGGGGGUUGAGUGGAGACGGCAUCUACCUGAACAAUUGUAAAGAUGGACUUCAUGGUCCUAUCGAAAUCUUUUCUUCAGGGGCCUUCUUCGCAUUAGGUCAAAAUGCCAAGUCGUGUGCCUUUCACUUGGACGGCAAGGAAUGCAUUGAACACUGUAAAGGAGUGUGGACUCAGACCAAGGUGUGCAACGGACCCUGCACCGAGUGGUGGGGCGAGGACAUUUGGGCCGAUCAAUGUCUCUGGCGCUUCACCGAGGCAAAGCGAGUGAUGAUCAAAACGCUGCUACAAGAGGAGCAUUGCAAACCACACGUCCCCAAAUGGAG